GUGUGUGUGUGUAUCGUUCGUGCAUCAAGAUGGCGGUGGCUACUGACAGCAGAGUGCUCUCCUACAGUGUUUAUAAAUGGAGCUCGUACUCCUCUACAUAUUUACCCGAAAAUAUAUUAGUGGAUAAACCUAACGAUCAGUCUUCCAGGUGGUCAUCUGAGAGCAACUACCCUCCACAGUACUUGAUCUUAAAACUGGAGAGACCAGCUAUCGUUCUUAGCAUCACCUAUGGCAAAUAUGAGAAAACUCACGUGUGCAACCUGAAGAAAUUCAAGGUGUUUGGAGGCAUGAGUGAAGAAAACAUGACAGAACUCUUGUCUAGUGGCCUUAAGAAUGACUUCAACAAGGAGACAUUCACGCUAAAGCACAAGAUUGAUGAGCAGAUGUUUCCCUGCAGGUUCAUUAAAAUAGUGCCUCUGAUGUCAUGGGGGCCCAGUUUUAACUUCAGUAUCUGGUAUAUUGAGUUACACGGCAUUGAAGAUCCAGACGUUGUCCAGCCCUGCCUUAACUGGUACAGUAAGUACCGUGAACAGGAGGCCAUCCGGCUGUGCCUGAAACACUUCCGGCAACACAAUUACACAGAAGCCUUCGAGUCUCUGCAGAAGAAAACACGGAUCGCUCUGGAGCACCCCAUGCUCACGCACCUUCACGAGCGGCUGGUCCUCAGAGGAGACUUUGACGCCUGCGAGGAGCUCAUAGACAAAGCCGUGAGAGAUGGUUUGUUUAAUCAGUACAUCAGCCAGCAGGAUUAUAAGCCCCGCUGGAGUCAGAUCAUCCCCAAAUGUAACAAAGGUGAUGGUGAUGAUAACAGGCCAGGCAUGAGAGGAGGUCAUCAGAUGGUCAUUGAUGUUCAGACAGAAACAGUGUAUCUGUUUGGUGGCUGGGAUGGAACGCAGGACUUGGCUGAUUUUUGGGCAUACAGUGUAAAGGAGAAUCAAUGGGCCUGCAUAUCCAGGGAUACGGAGAAAGAGAACGGCCCCAGUGCACGCUCGUGCCACAAGAUGUGCAUCGACUCUCAGCGGAGGCAGAUCUAUACUCUGGGCCGUUAUUUGGACUCCUCUGUCAGAAACAGCAAGUCCCUGAAAAGUGACUUCUACUGCUAUGACAUUGAUGCCAACACGUGGACCCUCCUGAGUGAGGACACGUCCGCUGAUGGGGGACCUAAACUUGUGUUUGACCACCAGAUGUGCAUGGACUCUGAGAAGCACAUGAUCUACACUUUUGGUGGUCGGAUUCUGACGUGUAACGGCAGCGUGGAUGACGGCAGGACGUCAGAACCUCAGUUCAGCGGGCUUUACGCCUUUCACUGUCAAGCUGCUAGCUGGAGUCUGCUCAGAGAAGACUCAUGUAACGCAGGGCCAGAAGACAUCCAGUCCCGCAUCGGACACUGCAUGCUUUUCCACACGAGAAAUCGCUGCCUGUACGUUUUUGGAGGUCAGAGGUCCAAAACAUACUUGAAUGAUUUCUUCAGUUACGACGUUGACGGUGAUCAUGUGGAGAUCAUCUCAGAUGGCACCAAGAAGGACUCAGGCAUGGUACCAAUGACCGGGUUCACUCAGCGUGCCACCAUCGACCCGGAGCUCAAUGAGAUCCACGUUCUGUCAGGACUCAGCAAAGACAAAGACAAACGCGAGGAGAAUGUGCGCAACUCCUUCUGGAUCUACGACAUUGCACGCAACAACUGGUCAUGUGUUUAUAAGAAUGACCAGGCGGUGAAAGAAAACCCCACUAAGGCCCUACAGGAAGAAGAACCGUGUCCUCGUUUUGCUCAUCAGCUAGUCUACGACGAGUUGCACAAGGUGCAUUAUCUUUUCGGUGGAAACCCGGGGAAGUCCAGCUCUCCUAAAAUGCGAUUGGAUGAUUUCUGGUCCUUAAAGCUGUGCCGCCCUUCCAAAGAAUAUCUGCUUCGACACUGCAAAUACCUCAUUCGCAAAUACAGGUUUGAGGAGAAGGCUCAGACCGAGCCCUUGAAUGCACUUAAAUAUCUACAGAAUGAUUUGUCUCUUACCGUGGACCACACUGACCCCGAUGAGACAAAAGAGUUCCAGCUCUUGCCCUCUGCUUUGUUCAAAUCCAGCUCAGACUUCAUUCCUCUAGGCUUUUCAGAUGUGGAUCAGACGUACGCCCAGCGCACUCAGCUGUUUGACACACUCGUCAAUUUCUUCCCUGACAAUAUGACCCCACCCAAGGGUAACCUUGUUGACCUCAUCACCCUGUAGCCACGCCCCACACAUUAGGCCACACCCCCGAUAGACCUCUCAGACUCCUCCCACCAAAAACAGAAGUUAUUUUUCUACAUUUUCCACCCGAGGUGUGCCAUGCCCACCUACUGUGUUUUCUCUUACAGAUGUAAUACCACUUAAACGUCACUGAGACUUAUUUAAUAUGCAGAAAUAUAAUUUUCUACUCUGGAGUGGCAGGGUUGUUUUUUGUUUUUUUUAAAAAAGGUGUCAGAAUUAGGUUUAAAUUUGCAUAUCUGCCAAAUUGCGAACUGAUUUGAUUUUUUUUUAAACAAUUUUUUUCUGCUCAGUCUAUUUCAGUUUUAUCUUUUAAAUAUUCUCUCAUACAGUUUGCAAAAUAGGUGAGUUAUACAUCCAAGCAGUUUACAUCAUAAAGAGGUGAAUUUGAUUUAUGAACUGUGUGAUCAUCAUGGGUUCCUUUCUGCCUUGCUAUUUUAAAUCACAUUUUAAUGGACAAACGUGCGCUGAGCCAGUGAAGGCCUGGGGCAAAGAUCAGAGCGCCCUCUAGAGUCAGUUCUGAUUUGAUUACACAUUUAGAUGAAUUCUGAAGGAAUCGUCCACUCAGUGCUGGAU